AAUUAAAAAUAAUAAAAAGAACCAAACCGAACAAAUCAAAACGAAGCUAAUGUAUUCAUAAAUUUUCUCUCAUUUUCUCACACUUUCUCAUUUGUUUACCGCUAUAUUUCUUUAAGCACCAAAAUUUGCAUUUCGUGGGAGGAAGAACCCUUCGCGCUUUUUCCACCCCACCCCUCCUCUCUCUCUCUCUCUCUCUCUUUUUCAUUUUUCUUCUAGCACCGACGAUCAAUUUUGCAUCAGAUCUGCGGUUUCAAUUUUGAUUCAAUCAGGGCUGCUUCAUUGUGAACGCAGGCAACGAUGAAGAAGGCCUUGGGCCAAACUGUUAGAGACCUUAAGAGAGGAGUUAAUAAGAAAGUUCUUAAAGUUCCUGGAAUAGAGCAGAAGGUUCUUGAUGCCACCAGCAAUGAGCCCUGGGGUCCUCAUGGGUCACUUCUUGCAGAUAUUGCAAUGGCUACUAGAAACUAUCAUGAAUACCAGAUAAUCAUGGCAGUAAUCUGGAAACGUAUAAGUGACACUGGAAAGAAUUGGCGUCAUGUCUACAAGGGUCUGACUGUUUUGGAGCACCUUGUUGCCCAUGGAUCAGAGCGUGUCAUAGAUGACAUAAGAGAACACGCAUAUCAAAUAUCAAGUUUGUCCGACUUUCAGUACAUUGAUUCCAGUGGAAGGGACCAGGGUAGCAAUAUUCGAAAAAAAUCUCAGAGCCUUGUGGUUCUUGUAAAUGAUAAAGAAAGGAUAAUUGAAGUAAGACAGAAGGCUGCAGCCAACAAGGACAAGUUUCGGAGCACAUCAACAGGUGGAAUGAAUAGGGCAGGUUUGGGGGGACAGGGGGACAGAUAUGAUUAUGAUUAUCAAUAUGGUUAUAGAGAUGAUGAUCGGUAUGGUAGAUAUACAGAUUCAAACAGUCGUGAUGGAGAUCGCUACAGCAGAGAUAAUGAAGAUCGCUAUGGCAGGGAUGGUUACAGGGAUGAUGACUACAAAGGUAGAAGUACAAGUGUUGAUGGUGAUCAAUAUGGCACCAGAAGUAGGAGCUCUGAUAGAGACCGUGCUUUUGAUGAUGAUGGUGAUUCAUCACGGGGCAGCAAUGCUAGAGCUGAUGAUUAUUCUCAGGAUGGAAGUUUCUAUAGGCGGCAUGAGCAGAAGUUCUCUGAACAAAAUAAUGGUGCUCCUCCUAGUUAUGAAGCAGUAAAUGAAUCUCAUAGUCCUGUCCAUAGUGAAAGGGAUGGAGAAACUUCAGUAGCAGCUGCUCCCAGGUCAUCUUCUCCUCCUGCUAGCAAUAAUCCUAACCUAGCAACGUCUGAUUUUGGUAAUUUAGCAUCUCCUUCAAAUAAAAAUGUGGAGGCUUUCAAUGCUUUUGAUCCACGUGUUUCAGUUUCAGCUGCCUCUGCCGGUGCUCCUGUUUCUACACCUGCCCCUGCUCCUCCCACUGCUUCAACCAGUUCUGAAAUAGACUUACUCGGUGCACUGUCAGAUUCAUGGGCGGUUGUGCCAACUCUAUCUGAAACCCCUGCUGCUGAGGCUGAUGCCCAUGCUAAAGGUUCUAUACCCUCCUUUGCUGCUAAUCCAUCAGCAUCUAACUCCGGAAAUCAGGGUUUUGAUGAUCCAUUUGGUGAUGGUCCAUUUAAAGCUUUCCCUUCAGGGGAUGCUGCCUCAGCUCAGCAACAAAUAUCGACUCCCGCGACUACUUUCCAGGCUACAAUGAGCCAAAUUAUGGAAGCAUCUCAGCCACCUUCUGUAAAAUCUGAGAUUGUCACAGGCUUUGACUUCGGGGAAUCAUUCUCUGCCAGUGCUUACUCCACUCUCAAUGCCUCAAACAGUCAACCUCCCUCAGGAAAUUCACAGUUUUUGCCUCAAGAUUUGUCGGAUCCAAAUCAGGAAGAUGAUAUAUUGGCAGAAAUCCUUCCACCCUCUGGACCUGCAAAUGAUGUAGCUUCACAUACAGUCUUUUCAGCACCAUCCAGCCAAUCAUCACUACCUGUAGCUACUUAUGGCCAGCAUGCACAAUCAGGUGCUAAUAUGUACCAACCCGCGCAGCCAAGUGCAAAUCCACAUGGCCAGCUUGCUCAGCCCAGUGCUAAUCCAUAUGGCCAAAAUGGGCAACCAAGUGCUAAUCCCUAUGGCCAGCCUGCGCAGCCCAGUGCUAAUCCAUAUGGCCAAAAUGGGCAACCAAGUGCUAAUCCCUAUGGCCAGCCUGCGCAGCCCAGUGCUAACCCAUAUGGCCAAAAUGGGCACUCAAGUGCUAAUCCCUAUGGCCAGCCUGUGCAGCCCAGUGCUAACCCAUACAGCCAAAACGGGCAGCCAAGUGCUAAUCCCUAUGGCCUGCCUGCUCAACCCAGUGCAAACCCAUAUGGCCAGUCAAGUGCUAAUCCCUAUGGCCAGCCAACACAACCAAAUGCUAUUCCUUAUGGUCAAUCUGCACAACCAAAUGCUAAUCCGUAUGGUCAACCUGCACAACCAAAUGCUAAUCCAUACAGCCAACCUGUACAGGUACAUGCUAAUCCAUAUGGCCAACCUGCUCAGCCGAAUGCUAAUCCAUACAGCCAGCCUACACAGCCGAAUGCUAAUCCAUACAGCCAGCCUACACAGCCGAAUGCUAAUCCAUACGGCCAACCUGUACAGCCAAGUGCUAAUCCAUAUGCCCAACCCACACAGUCUGUAUCUGCAGCCCCUCAAAUUCCAGGAUCUGCUGCUCAGAGCAGCAAUGGGAGCUUAAUGAUAGGUUCUAAUGGUCCUCUCUGUUCACAAAUGGCUGCUCAACCUCCAAGUCCUGCUGCACCAGCUACUCAGUUUAACACUGGAAGCUUUAUUUCACAGCAGGGUUCUGCUGUGCCAGUUGAGUCGCAGAGUGCUCCUCAAACCACAAACGAUUCAGGUGCACAUAAUAACAGUGAUGUCCUGGGAGGCUUUUUUUCACAACCAGGAUCGAACACUUCAGUGGCGCCACAGACUGCUACUCCCUCAUCAAUAGGAGCACUUGCUAUAGUUCCGCAACCCUCGAAGGAUAAAUUUGAGCCCAAGUCAGCAGUUUGGGCUGAUACAUUGAGCAGAGGACUGGUCAAUUUGAAUAUAUCUGGACCUAAAACAAACCCACUGUCUGAUAUUGGAGUUGACUUUGAUGCUAUUAAUCGGAAGGAAAAGAGGUUGGAAAAGCCUGCCCCAACUGCAGUAACGUCUACUGUCACAAUGGGUAAAGCUAUGGGAUCUGGUUCUGGAAUUGGCCGUGCUGGUGCUAGUGUUCUCAGAGCUCCAGCAAAUCCUAUGGUGGGUUCCGGCAUGGGUAUGGGAAUGGGUGGUGGUCCUGUUGGAGGUGUUGGCAUGGGAGGCUACGGUGGUAUGAAUCAACAACCUAUGGGCAUGGGAAUGGGGAUGAACAUGGGUAUGAACCCAGGCAUGGGGAUGAACAACAUGGGCAUGAAUCCAGGCAUGGGGAUGAGCAAUAUGGGCAUGAAUCCAGGCAUGGGGAUGAGCAAUAUGGGCAUGAAUCAAGGCAUGGGGAUGAACAUGGGCAUGAAUCCAGGCAUGGGGAUGAACAACAUGGGCAUGAAUCGAGGCAUGGAGAUGAACAAUAUAGGCAUGAGCGCAGGCAUGGGGAUGAACAUGGGAAUGGGGCAGGCAACCCACAUGCAAUCACAAAGUGGGAUGCCUGGCGGUUACAACCCUAUGAUGGGUUCCAGUGCCUACUCUCAACAGCCACAUGGUGGUGAUGGUGGUUACCGGUGAGAAAUCAUUGUCAAUUAGAGUAAUGGAAGUUACAUGCAUGCUUGUGAUGCAAGAUUAAGAGAGGUUGAAAUAGCAAGACCCAAUGUUGCCAUCGAAUUCCAGAGUGUAGUGGCAGCGGCCUGAUGAUGCGAUCCAUGUUUAUUCACGUCUAUUAUUUCUCAUACCAGCAUAAGCUAUUGCUCUGUUUUGGCCACGAGUCUCGGUUCAUUGCUGGUUUGAGUUUCAAGUGUUGUGAAAAUUGUGUAGCAGUGAAAGACAACCAGUGCUCUGGUUGCCUUUCCGUCUUCUCAUUCUUCCAUUAUAUAUUUGUUGAGCAUUUGUUGUAUGUGGGCUACAUCAUAGAACAAUAAAUAUAAUCUCCUUUGUUCUUUUUGCA